UGCAACUCCCAUGUAUUACCGUACCACUCACGCCAACAACGCUUCCAAAUUCUGAUUUCGUAUUUUGAAUUUAUCUUCAUGCAAAAGACGCAAAACAGUGUUACAGAUUAAGCUUUUUGGCCUGAAGAAAGGGUAGCCAUAGAACUAUGAUGAAGCGUAUAUAUUCACAAACACCAUUCAAUUCUACAUUAUUUGAAGCAUGGCAAAAGCAAAAUACACGAAUCCGAAGGCGCAGUUGAAGAAAUGGAUCUCGUUGAGGAAGCUGGUUUUGCCGAUGCUUUUGAUUUUCACGAUUGUGCUUCUGGUGUUACUUUCUAUCGGAGUUGUUAAUCUUCCUAUUACCGCUAAUGAUUCUCCGAUCAAGGAUAUCGGUGCUGUUAGGCGGCGCAGAACUUCUGAGAGAGGUUACGGUUUGGUAGAGCAAAAGAAAAAGUGGACCGAAAUUCUUUCGUGGGAGCCAAGAGCUUUCAUGUACCACAAUUUCCUGUCCAAAGAAGAAUGUGAACACUUGAUCAACGUUGCCAAACCACAUAUGGAAAAAUCACAAGUUGCUGAUAGUGAUACUGGGCAGAGUAUAGAUAGCAGUGAUCGUACUAGCUCAGGAGCGUUUCUGAGAAGAGGAUUGGACAAAAUUGUCCAAAGGAUAGAAAAAAAGAUUGCUGAUCUUACUUUCGUACCAAUAGAGAAUGGAGAAGGACUUCAGGUUCUUCACUAUGAAGUUGGCCAAAAAUAUGAACCUCACUUUGAUUACUUCUUAGAUAAGGUCAACACUAAGGAUGGAAACCACCGUGUUGCUACAGUUCUUAUGUACCUUUCAGAUGUUGAAGAAGGUGGCGAGACCGUAUUUCCUGAUGCCAAUGUAAGUUUUAGUUCUGUUCCAUGGCAGAAUGAUUUGUCUGAAUGCGCUAAAAAUGGUCUCGCGGUGAAGCCAAAAAUGGGUGAUGCUAUAUUGUUUUGGAGCAUGAAGCCAGAUCUCACCCUAGAUCCUUCUUCUCUACAUGGUAGUUGCCCUGUUAUUAGAGGAAAUAAAUGGGCUUCAGCAAAGUGGCUACGUCUUGGGGUGUUCAACUAAUAAGGAUAUUAUUAAGCCAUCUCGUGUGCAGAUACUUGUAGAGAGUAAGGAUCAUUCCAAUGCACUCUUACAAGAAUUCAAAAAUGAUUUUUAUCUUAAAGUAUAAGCGACAAUUUCAUCCA